AAAUCGGAAAUGACGCACCACAAAUGUGCCCGCUUCCCUCCCUCGGCUUCCUUUACUUCCUGCACUAGCAGUGUUGGGCUGCUGUUGGCUCGUAAACAUGGCUACCGCUGCUGCAGCUGGAGACGACCUCAGGAGAGAGCUCACGUGUGCAAUUUGUUUGGACUUCUUCAAAGACCCUGUUAUACUGAAAUGUGGCCAUAAUUUCUGUCGGUUUUGCAUCUGCAUGCACUGGGAUGAAAAUGGCGGAGACUACGGGUACCAGUGCCCUCAAUGUCGGACGGUGUUCAACAAGAGGAGCUUCACAAAAAACUACCUGGUGCAGAACCUGGUGGACAAACUCGACCACCUGGACUGUCUGGGGUCUUGUCCCACACCCCCCAAGCCUGUAAAAGUGGACGAGAAGUGUGACCAACACGGAGAGGAGCUGAAAUUGUACUGCCGGACUGAUAAAAGGCCCAUCUGUGUGGUCUGCAGGGAAUCUAGAGCACACAGACACCAUGAGGUAGCACCUGUGCCAGAAGUUGUGAAUGACAUGAAGAUGGAGUUGAAACUGAGGCUGAUGGAGCUCAACUGGCAGAAGUCUCAAUGUGUAAAAGUUAGAACAGCUGAUGAGCGUACCAGAACUGAAGCGAGGUUGAAGAAACAGAGGCUCAAGGAGAAGAUUGAGGCAGAUGUUGGUGCCUUGGUCCAAUUCUUGCUCGAUGAGAGAGACUCUCUGCUUGAGAGCCUGGAUGCUGAGGAAGUGGCCACCGUGGCCGUAAUAGACGAGAACUUGAAGAUUGUGGAGACCGAGCUGGCAGCCGUGGAUAAAGCUAUCGCGGAUAUCCACGGCCACGUCACUGGGAAAACUACCUUUGAGAGUCUUGCCGAGACAUAUGAUAAAGUCAUCCAUUGCAAGCCUUUUCCAUCUCUCGACACGGUUAAUUGUCCGGCUGAAUUUACAGACUUCUCGGGCCCCUUCCAGCUUAUUAUGUGGAAGAAGAUGAUGCAUGUGUUGCAUACCAUGCCUCAGAACCUCACUUUGGAUCCAGACACGUGCCACCCAUACCUGUGCAUCUCAGACUUUGACACCAAAGUGGAGGAGGGCCAUGUCCGUAACCAGGAACCAGACCUGCCAGCCCGCUUCACCCGGUUCUGUGGUGUCCUUGCCACAGCCCAGUACGCCAGCGGCCAGCACUACUGGGAGGUGGACGUGAAAGACAAAGGUGUUUGGUACCUUGGAGUCACCACUGAGGGCAGCAACAGAAAGGGCUUCGUCUGCCUCACUCCCUCCGCAGGAUACUGGAGCCUGUCCCUGCAGGACCGGCUGUAUGCCAACGGAGAGCAUGGGCGCAUCCCUGUAGCAGACUACUGGAACUCUCCUCGGGUUGGCGUGUACCUGGACUACGACAACGGGCGCCUUAGUUUCUAUGACGCCGUCACAAUGAAGAGAUUGUUCAUGUUUGACACCUGCUUUGAAGAGCCUGUCUAUCCUUUCUUCAGCCCAGGGAAGAAUGAUCCAGGCAGCAGGCUGCAGAUAUGCCACUAUUACUGAGAGCUGCAAUGGGUCUUUAAAUCUAGAUAUCGAAGGGCAAACUCAUGUAUGCCAGUGUUUUCAGAUUUGCUGUUGGCAAAGUUUUUUUUAAAUCUCAGAUGAGAUGCAGUGACAAGGUGAUGUUGACCCCAGGAGCCAUGUACUGUGUGCAUUUGAGCUGUUGGUCUCACUGGUGAUGGAAAAUAAGAGUUAAACUGAAAUGCGUGUUACCGGGUGCCUCGGCAAGCUUCUUUCAACCUAAACACGCACACUGUGGACCUGAACGCUGACUGCUGUGGCUGGGUGUGUGGAUCUGUGUUUUGUUUACAUCGGUCUGCUGUGAUGCGGAUGCUCUUGCUGAUUAGAGCAGCGCUCAUCCUAUUAGCAAUCACGAUGCCAUAUACCACUGUUGAUAACUCAUACAGGCAGGGUCAGUGCUGUUGCUUUGUUUGGUAGAAUUUGAAGAAAAUAUGACAUUGUUAUCACAUUGAUAGUUGUUGACUGUUAAGAUUCCCUGAGUAAUUUUAGACUGACGAACAGUGUUUCAGGAGCUCAGUGAAAUUGGGAGUUCAGCUCCCAGACGAUGAUUACACUUCCAGGAAGGAAUGGCUCAUGUUCUUUGUUUUGUGGAUCUUAAUGUCUGUACAGAAUUUUAUCAUUUGCCUCUUUUUUUCUUAAUGUAUACAUUUUAAAAUUCUAUAAAUUUGUUACCAUUGCUUGCAAAUUUCUCUUUUAUAAUGCUUCAAGAUGCAUUUUGCUGCUUAAUCUUUUUUUUUUUAGCAGUAAGAGGCAUUUAAAUAAAUCUGUUUGCUUAAAUGAUUUUAAAUGGUAAAUUAUUCGGAUUUCGAGCCAUGUCUUCAAAUAUGCUGUCACUUAACGGACAAGAGACUGGUGGACGUGACCAAAAUGUAAACCUAUGAAAUGCUCAGUUUUUAUUACAUUUUUUUGUUUUUACAGAUUACCUGCUGCAUUUCCUUCAUAUUCCUUUAAAUAAAAAAGUAGAGCUCGUGCUCUAUUGGUCUUGAUGUUUUAUGUUCUAUUAUCCAACUUGGUCAGUGUGAUUUCUACUUUUCAUUAUUGAUUUUGACUUUGAAAAUAUGUGUCUUCCAAAUAUAAUUUGUUUUCCUUAAA